AUGGCAUUGUUCAUUAGGGAAGUUAACCGGAGUGUUCCAGGCGCAGAAAAAAAACAAACUAGUGAACUUGUGGCUAUGGAUCCUAUCAGUGCGUCACGGUUUAUCCAUAUAAAGUUCAAGGCAAUGUUGGAUUUUAUUGUCUCUGAUGCUGCUCCUUUAGGAAAAGUCAGUCACUACUUCUACAGGCGAGAAUACCAAAGCAGAGGUCUCCAACAUUUCCAUCUUCUUCUGUGGGUAGAAAAUGCUCCUGUAAUGGGGACGUCCAGCAACGCAGAAGUAGCCGACUUUAUCCUUAAGUACAUUACUUGCAAGGUUCCAAAUGCAUCCGUUUCACCUACUCUCAACAACAGAGUUACAAGUUACCAAAUGCAUCACCACAACUCGUACUGUAUGCGGACAAAGAAAACCAAAACCGGGUUUCGUAAGGCUUGUCGUUUCGGGUUCCCCCGGCCAAUCACAGGGAAUCUUGUUCUGCGUGACGUUGUCGAGUCUGUAGCUGGCAGAAAAGCUCUCAAGUCUAAGUCACGUCUUUAUGACCUACCCAGAACACCAAGCGAGAGCUUUGUCAAUGACUACAACCCGGCCGUGUUGCUAGCUUGGAAUGGAAACGUGGACAUCCAGUAUGUAGGCGAAAGCACUUCUAUCCUACAUUGGUAUGUCACAAAGUACACUACCAAAAGUGAACAAAGUCAUGCUGGCCAAGUUUUUACAGAGAUUAAUUCUACAAAAUCAUUAGCUAGUAGACUGUUUAACGUUGGCCUUAGAGCUUUAAACAACCGUGAGUGUGGUUCUUUAGAAGCUAGUGACACACUGUUGGGCAUUCCAUUGUACAGCACGGACCCGGAGACAACAAUAAGAUGGUUGGAUGUAGGCAUGACCAGACGCAAAAGACUACAAAAAAUCGACAAGAUACGAAGUAUGGACCCAAGUUCAACGAACAUAUUCUACGAGUCGUGGGUUGAUGACCACUACCCAACUAGACCAGACGAACUAGAAGAUAUGAACUUAUACGACUUUGUGAGAUGGUACGAUAUAGCUGCUCAACCACCUAAAGGCGACCGUGAAGUGCAUAAGUUGAAUUCAGGCAAAUUCCUCACUAAAAGAGUCAGACCAUGCUUACUGAAUCACUAUAAGUACAGCCCCACUCAGGAUCCUGAAAAAUACUACCAUGCAUUACUUCUUAUGUUUAUUUGUUGGAGAUCUACUGAUGAGCUGAAAGAGUCUCAUGAAACAUACACAGAUGCUUUUAUGGCCAAGCGGACACUUCUCACUCAAGCCUUCAACUAUGACAAACGUUUAAAAGACAUUAUUGCGGCAUCGGAGAAUGCAAGAGACAAAAUUCAAAACCGAGUUGAAGAGAUCAAUGCAGAAGAAGGAGAGGUUGCUGAUCCAUCCAAUAUAGCCUUUCAGCCCUUUAAUGAACCUGUCCCCGCAUCCCAGCCUGUCAGGGACAGCAAUUGGUCGCCGAAUGACGAGCCGUUUGAGAAAAAAUACCAAAAACUCAAUGACGACCAAAAGAGAGUGUUUGAUUAUGUCAAACGAGUUGUUGCAAACUCUGAUGGGACAGAUAAAUUUCUGAGACAUUUUGUAAGUGAUGUGGGAGGUACUGGUAAGAGUUUUCUCAUAAAAACUAUCAGCUCUUGGACUAAAAAAUGUCUUCAAGCCUCUACAUCAAUAUCAGCUCCCACAGGACUAAGUGCUUACAACAUCAAUGGUUCUACGAUCUACAAAGUGUUUCAGCUGCCAGUUAAGCAUGGAAAAACUCCAAAGUACAAAGCUCUUACUGAUGAUGUUUUAAAAAUGUUGAGAUCCAACCUGAAAGAUGUGGUGCUCUUCAUAAUAGACGAAGUGUCCAUGGUCUCCAAUCUAACAUUGAUGUACAUAAAUCUCAGACCAAAGUAA